CUAAUAGAAAGUUUUGGCGAAAGAAGUCACAAAGGACACUCAGGCUUGUUAAGUAAUUCAAAAAAUACCUUCUCUACAUCAUCCAUUCUCAAAGCCACUAAAUUUCCCUUCAUACCAAGAAAGCAGAAUGUCAGAUUAUUGUGAUUAGUCUUUUGAAUUCCCGACGGUAGAAUACUGCAAAGAAACUAUGCCAUUUGGUCCAUUUGCCAUCACCGUUUAUGAAGAUAAAAGUCAAUGAAAUAACUGCCAUCCUGAUUGAAGAGUAAAACAAUUACACAAUAUGAAGAGUCAGAUGAAGAUGCAAGAAGAAACCUCUUCACAUUUAACUAGCACCAAGUUUGGAAGCAGAAUGGCCAUACUCUCCACUUUCGUUGUUUUUUUCAUUACCGUAGAGCCAGAGAAAACCGAGAAAAUUGGAUACGGGCUGAGAAACGAGAACGAGGAAGAGCGAUUGUUAUCCGAGAGCGGAGAAUUUGUGGCGGAGAAGAGAGCAGUGAAGCUCCUGGAUUUCUCCGGCAACCACAUGCCUUACAAGAAACGGCAGAGAUUCUCGCGGAAGAUGGCGGAGGAGGAGUCCGAUUUGUUCGAUUCUUUGCCGGAUGAUCUAUUCAUUUCUAUUCUCUCCAAGCUCAGCUCCUCCGCUGGUUCUCCUUCGGAUUUCGUCAACAUUUUGAUGACAUGCAAGAGAUUAAAUAGUUUGGCGCUGCAUCCUCUUGUGUUAUCCAAAGGCUCCUCAAAAAUGUUCGCCAUUAAAGCAAAAACCUGGUCAGAGCCUGCUCGUAGGUUUUUGAAACUUUGCGCCGAUGCCGGAAAUGCUGAAGCUGGUAGCGCUCUCGUACUCCAGGGCAAUAAAUAGUAAAUGCUCUAUUAUUUGAUCGAUUUGGUCUCAGAAAAAGGCAUGUUUUGUGAUGCUAGUUUGGCUAACAGUUGUCUAUCCCAGGAUUAAUUAUAUGGUAUUCCUUAUGAGUUGUGACUAACAAAACCUCAGCGUAUAUGCAUUCAUUUAAAAUGGAAUUAAAAUUCCAUCAGAAUG